CGUAAAAACGAGGGAAAGCUACCUCCUUCAUCUUUCGCUUUAUUGUUACCAAUCAGAAUGGCACAAAUACCCCCCAUUCCCGAAAGUUUUACUGGAAUUCCUUGGAAUGCCGGUAUGUCGGGAGGCGUCUUCCAUAUUUCAGAUUCUGCUGUCAUAAAAAAGCCUAUUUCCGAUGAUCUCUGCAGAGAGCAGCUAAGGAUUGAGGGUCAGAUCUACCAACGCCUCAAGUCACACCCCUAUAUUACAAAACUACUUGCAAUACACGAGAAGGGAAUUGUUUUGGAGCGUCUACAAUACCCUCUCCGCCAACGCCUCCUUGAUCUUCAGAAAGACCGGCAGCAGCCAACCCCGCGUGAAGUGACCCGGUGGGCGUUGCAGGUUGCAGAAGCGCUCCGAUAUAUCCAUUCGUGCGGCGUCAAACAAGUAGACAUUGGCACAUAUAAUGUCUUACUGGACUGGGAUGAAAACGCAAAGCUCUCAGACUUCGCCGGUUCUUCUCUCGACGGGUCUGAACCUACAUUAGCACCCAGCGUACAUUCCACGCACCCGAGGCUAUCUAUUAUGCAACCAUCUGUCCAGUCAGAACUUUUCGCGUUUGGUUCUUUGUUAUAUGAAGUCGAGACUACUUAUAAGCCCUACCACGACAAAAACGAAGGAGAUAUUGAAGAUUUAUUCGAGGCGGAUGAAUAUCCAGAUACAAGCGAAAUGAUAUUAGGAGAUGUAAUCAAAAAGUGCUGGAUGACACAAUAUUCAAAUGCAAGUGAGGUGGUAGCAGAUAUUCGAGUGAUUCAAAAUCUUCUAGGGGCUCCUAGUUAUAACCCCCUAACCCACGAUCACAUAAACUGAAAAACCAGGUGUAUUCGCACAUUAUCGGCGAACGAAUCUGGAAAUUAACGUUUCCCUGUAAGUACCACCAGAUGAGAUUUGUAGUAACUUAUUAGAGACGAUCAGAAUAUAAGAUUGGUGAGAAAGGGGUUGUCACAGUUUGAGCAAGCCCUAAAUGCUCAAAGAUAUUACCAUAAAAGAGAACCGCGGUGCCCAUGAUGGAAAGCUACCAAACAUUGGCUCUUCAAACUACAAAUCAUUGCACCGACAUGCAUAUUAAGAAGGGCGAGUGGCGUUUAGCAAACAAAGACCAGCGCGAAGUAACCUCUCAUUGUAAUUUAUUUAGAGGCG